GAUGGAUGACUCAGUUCUGUUAGCUUUGCGUAAUUAUUUUCAGAAAGUUGGAUUAGAAAACAGGGGACCUUUAGGAAGUUGUUGUUGUCGAUGUUGUUUUCGACUCUUUGCAGUGCCUUGUCGAGUGGCAGGUUAUGAGAUAUAUAGCUUGCCAGAAAAUUGCUUGCGACCUUUUUGUGUCGCAAUUAACGUUGAGCCUUGUGCAGAAAAUUGCAAGUUAUGCUUGGGUCUACUUUCCGAUCAAUUUCUAAGCAAACUGUUUCGUGUUGUCCAAGUAAAACUACAGAAUUACAAAGUGGAGGAUACUUUUCGGAUCAGUGUUGCAUUUUGGGAGAAGUACAGAAGCAGUUUGCAAAAUUCAUUGGAUGAAACCCAACUGGAGGAGACAGAAGUGGACUUGAAAAAGUGUUUCAAGUGGACCUUUGGAAACUGGUUGGAAACACAACUUCAUAUGAAGUUUGCUGUAGACAGCGACUUGGAGAUUCGUAUUCAAGUAAAAGAGAUGCCUCUCGUUGACAGUAACUUGUCGUUGAUAGAAGAUAUGGUUUUUAUUGUCCUUGCUCCUAUUUAUUUGCAAGGUCGUUAUAUCAAGUUAUCACGACGGUUAUCACAAAGUCCCUGGAUUGUAGAUAAUAUUCGUCUAGCACCCGAUUCUAUAGAAGAAUGUGUCUAUGAGUAUUUGUUGCAUCAACUGGGAGCGAGAGAAUGUCGUUUUACUGCAGGUGGUAGAGAAGAUGUAGAUGUUCGUAUGUUGGGUUCUGGUCGUCCGUUCAUUAUAGAACUGUUGGAAGCAAAAUGCACUCGGUCUUACGUCAGUAAUGAAACCUUUUUAAGAGACUGGGAACGACAAGUAUUUCUUCGUUCGAAUGGACAAGUUCAACUUCAGGAGACAAAAGUUUCGGAUGCGUUUGGUUAUGCUUCUUUGAAAGAAAGCGAAAUGACAAAGCGCAAAACCUAUCGAUGCAUAGUGUAUAUUUCCAAGUCUGUAAAGGAUGAAACAGGUGUAGCAGAAUAUCUUGGUUCUUUGAUACCUUUAACGAUUGAACAAUAUACUCCACUUCGAGUGCUUCACCGGCGAAGUCUUGCUAAAAGGAAACGUGUCAUUCACGAGAUUCGGUUGAAGCUAUUGAAUUCUCAUUUUGCCAUUUUAGAUUUGGUGACGGAUGCAGGUACUUAUGUGAAAGAAUUUGUUCAUGGAGAUUUGGGUAGAACGACUCCAUAUUUGGGCAGUUUAUUGGGAUGUGAAACGGAUAUAUUACAAUUGGAUGUUUUACAUGUCCAUAUAUCCGAUUGGGGAUAAGUUCCUUUUUUGAAAGACGAUUACCUCUAUUAUGAUGAAUUUGUUUCAUGACAAGCAUACGUCUGAAUUGCGUAUGAUAGAUAAUGAACAGUUUCUGAACGUUCCAUAUAUAGUGGAAUGGAGAAAUCGUCUUUGAAGAGGGGAAUCCUUUCACCAUUG